GCCUGGCAGUCAUGUCGACGCUGAAGUCAGGACGCUCACUGUUAUAGUCAAAUACUGUUAGAAAUAACUAAAUGUGUAAUUUUUAUACCAAGUAAUACAUUAGUUUGGAUUAUGUGUUGAGGAAAAGCGAGGUAUCCAUCGCAGUAUCGACUUAUUUUGAGUUUGAGCCAUGGCAUCCCUAUCAGAGGAGGUGCUGCUGGUGCUGAAAAAGGUUCGCCAGAGGAAGCAGGAUGGCACACUUUAUCUGAUGGCUGAGCGUAUAGCCUGGGGUCCAGAGGGCAAGGACCGCUUCUCAGUCAGCCACUUAUAUGCAGAUAUUCGCUGUCAGAAAAUCAGCCCGGACGGUAAAUCCAAAAUUCAGCUGCAGCUGGUGCUUCACACCGGCGACAGUACCGCAUUCCACUUUUCCAAUGACAGCACUGCACUCAAAGACAGAGACGCUGCCAAGGAGCUGCUGCAGCAGCUGCUACCCAAGUUCAAGAAGAAAGCCAACAAGGAACUGGAGGAGAAAAACAGGAUGCUUCAGGAAGAUCCUGUGCUUUUCCAGUUGUAUAAAGAUCUGGUGGUGAGCCAGGUGAUCAGUACAGAUGAGUUCUGGGCCAACCGGCUAGGAGACACGAACAACUCGGACUCCUCUUUAUCCAACAACAAACAGGAAGUUGGUAUAUCUGGAGCUUUUUUGGCUGACAUUAGACCUCAGACUGAUGGCUGCAAUGGCUUGAGAUAUAAUUUGACUGCUGACAUUAUUGAAUCUAUCUUCAGAACAUACCCUGCAGUGAAGCAGAAGUAUAAUGAAAAUGUGCCUCACGAGCUGACGGAGAAGGAGUUCUGGACCCGCUUUUUCCAGUCCCAUUAUUUUCACAGAGACCGCAUCAACACAGGAACACAGGACAUCUUCUCAGAGUGUGGCAAGCAGGAUGAAAUAGGGUUAAAGUCCAUGGUGGUUCAAGGAGUGAAGAAUCCUUUAGUGGACCUCCUGUCGUUAGAAGAUAAAACAUUAGAUGAGGGUUACGGAGUUUGCACAACAAUGCCCUCAACUUCCAACAGGACGGUGAAGGACAGCAGCAACUCUGCCAUUAUAAAGCGGUUCAACCAUCACAGUGCCAUGGUGCUGGCAGCAGGCUUAGGCAAGGGGGAAACAGCAGGUGACCCAGCUAGUGAGACGAGCUGCACAGACGGAAACUCAAGGGACUCUGACCUCUUCCAGCCUCCUGUAAAGAAGGUUAAAUUGCAGGAGGCCAUAGAAUAUGAAGAUCUUAAAAAGGAAAAGAAGCCAAAAACAAUUGCAUUAAACCUCAAAAAGUCUGACAGGUAUGCUCACGGUCCUGUGCCACUUCAGUCCCAACACUAUUCGACAAGCCAGGAUAUCAUCAACUCUCUCAACUACAUCCGGCAUGAGAUGGUCAAUUAUAAACCCAACCUCACUCAGGUGUUGUGCAGCACAACGGCUAGUUCUGCCAUUGCUGCACUUUCUCCAGGUGGCGUGCUCAUGCAGGCAGCAACACAGCAGGCCAUCAAUCAGAUGGUACCCACUGAUGUUCAAGGAGAGCUGAAGCAUCUUUAUGCAGCUGCUGGAGAGUUGCUGAGACACUUCUGGUCCUGUUUUCCUGUAAACACACCGUUUUUAGAGGAAAAGGUGACGAAAAUGAAGUCAAACCUGGAGAGAUUUCAGGUGUCCAAGCUUUGUCCUUUUCAGGAGAAGGUUCAGCGUCAGUACUUAAGUGCAAAUCUCACAGGACAUUUGGAGCAGAUGUUGCAGACAGCCUAUAGCAAGUUCCACGUCUGGCAAACCCGUCGCAUGCUGAGGAAAACCUGAGGUCUGAUGAUUUGUCAAAGAGAGGACAUUAAAGACAUAAUAGAAUAUGGACAAAUGACGAGGAAGGUUCUCGCGACUGCUGCGAAGACCGCAGAUCACAGCCUGAUUGGACGAGAUCCACAGGGGCUACAUGAGGAUAUACAUGGAUGCUGCUACAUCCCAGACAGUUCUUCAGAGACUAACUGCCGCUCUGUCACAAAUUAGUUUCUUUCUCUUUUUUUUGUUCUCUCAAUGGUUGAGAGAUUGGUGCCGGUAUCGGUUAAAUGGGACUUUAGUAGUGGUGUAAUGUGACCAAAUUUCAAAUGGAGAAUCGUAAAGGAACUCAGGACGACAGGCUGAUGUGUGAAAUGCAAGCAGACGACUGCCAACAUGAGUUUCAUCUGUGCACAGAGCAGAGAAAGAGACAAACAAGGAGCAAAUCUGAGCACUGGUUUAACUUGUGGAACAAAGUUCCAGAUAAUCUGAAGUGAGUAUAGCAAUAAUGUGAUGACAUUUCACACUGGGUGCAUUAGUGUGUGUGCUUGUUUGUGGCUCUAAUCACAUUGUCGCUGGUUUGUAAUGUCUGCACUGAAGACGAAAAUGUCACUGAAAUAAAGUGAGAAUGUGAUCAUUCGACUGUCUUUUGAAACUACA